AGGCUGCCCUCCACCACCCGGCAUUCCCAGUAUGCACCGCGGACAGCAGCAGUAGAAAAUACUCAGCUAACGAAAGGCUACGAAAAGAGAACCAGAAAAGGGGGGUAGCUCACCAGCUAAAUUCAAGAGCCUAAGUCUAUCCAACGUUACCCAGAAGCGCUAACAUGGCUGACAACGAGAAACUGGACAACCAGCGGCUGAAGAAUUUCAAGAAUAAGGGCCGAGAUUUGGAGACCAUGAGACGACAGAGGACCGAGGUAGUGGUGGAGCUCAGAAAGCACAAAAGAGAUGAGCACCUCCUGAAGAGGAGGAACGUUCCCCACGAAGACGUGUGCGAGGACUCCGAUGUUGAUGGAGAUUUCAGAUCGCAAAACACCUCUCUUGAAACAAUAGUACAAAAUGCCACCAGCGAUAACCAGGGCAUCCAGCUGAGUGCUGUUCAGGCUGCCAGGAAGCUGUUGUCCAGUGACCGUAAUCCUCCCAUAGAUGACCUGAUUAAGUCUGGGAUCCUUCCCAUCCUGGUGCACUGCCUGGACAGAGAUGACAACCCGUCUCUGCAGUUUGAAGCCGCCUGGGCUCUAACCAACAUCGCGUCGGGUACCUCAGAGCAAACCCAAGCUGUGGUUCAGUCCAAUGCUGUGCCGCUGUUCUUGAGGCUGCUCCACUCUCCUCAUCAGAAUGUGUGUGAACAGGCCGUCUGGGCCCUGGGAAACAUCAUCGGUGACGGCCCACAGUGCAGAGACUAUGUGAUUAGCUUGGGAGUGGUCAAGCCCCUGCUGUCCUUCAUCAGCCCCUCCAUCCCUAUCACCUUCCUCCGCAACGUCACCUGGGUCAUGGUCAACCUGUGCCGCCACAAGGACCCCCCACCUCCAAUGGAGACGAUCCAAGAGAUCCUGCCUGCUCUCUGUGUGCUGAUCCACCACACUGACGUCAGUAUCUUGGUGGAUACUGUCUGGGCUCUGUCUUACCUGACGGAUGCUGGGAACGAGCAGAUCCAAAUGGUCAUCGACUCUGGCAUCGUUCCUCACCUGGUACCGCUGCUCAGUCAUCAUGAAGUUAAAGUUCAGACCGCUGCGCUGAGGGCCGUCGGUAACAUAGUGACCGGGACAGACGAGCAGACGCAGGUGGUCCUCAACUGCGACGCCCUCAGCCACUUCCCAUCGCUCCUCACUCACCCCAAAGAAAAGAUCAACAAGGAGGCAGUGUGGUUCCUGUCCAACAUCACAGCAGGCAACCAGCAGCAGGUGCAGGCUGUCAUUGAUGCAAAGCUGGUUCCCAUGAUCAUCCACCUGCUCGACAAGGGUGACUUUGGGACCCAGAAAGAAGCAGCCUGGGCCAUCAGUAACCUGACGAUAAGUGGGAGGAAAGAUCAGGUGGCCCACCUCAUAGAGAUGCAGGUGAUCCCUCCGUUCUGCAACCUGCUCACAGUCAAGGACGCUCAGGUCGUGCAGGUCGUUCUCGACGGCCUCAGUAACAUCCUGAAAAUGGCCGACGACGAGGCGGAAACUAUCGCCAAUCUCAUUGAGGAGUGUGGAGGCCUAGAAAAAAUUGAGCUCCUGCAAAAUCAUGAAAAUGAAGAUAUCUACAAACUGGCGUAUGAAAUAAUAGAUCAGUACUUCUCAUCCGAUGAUAUUGACGAAGACACCAGCCUGGUCCCAGACGCCAUCCAAGGCGGGACUUUCGGCUUCAACGCAGCCAACGUGCCAGCCAAGGGGUUCCAGUUCUAGACGUCACCCCGGGGGGGUCAUUCUGGAGUUUUGUUCGCGAUGCAGCACCCUGUUCAACAUAAACCAAUUAGGAGAGAAAGAGCGAGAGAGAGCGAGUGUGAGAAAUUCGAUCCAUUGUGCUUGGCUCGUGGGAUCCAUGGCUGCAUCUUAUGAGAGAGAAAAAUAUGUGGAUUUCAUUUGGCAAUCCAGGGGGAAACCAGCCCAAAUGAAGUUUGAGAUGGCGAGUGGAUGCGAGUGAGAAUGAGUGGCUACAUGUUGCAAAAAAUAAAAAAAAGAAGAAAAAAAAAAAUCUAAAAGAAGCUAAACAUCUACAUCGACUGCGUGGAGAAGACACGCUGACGUAACUUCUGUGUUUAUUGGAGCCGCUGUCGACUUCUGGAAAAACUUCAAAACGACGGAAAGAAAAGAAAAAAAACCUUGGAUGUGGAUGGGAGCCGUGGACAUUAACAAAUAGGAAAUCAAGACAUCUUGAAAUAUCUCGAGAAAAAAGCAGAAAUGAAUAUAAUUAUGAACAAAGAUGAAACCUAAAUCAUCACAAUUCUGCAAUUCCCCCCAUUCGCCACGAGAGGGCGCCACCUAGCCCCACCCCAACCAACUGGCCACGUUUAUCAGGCAGAGUGUGAAUGGACUCAUUGUGUAUGAAUGUCUGGACUCAGCGCAGAGGAGCCAGGUUCAUCUCCUCUAACGAGAACGCCCUCUGAUUGGGCGACCAUCUUCAAGCCCCUCCCACUCCGCUUCCCCUCACCCGCCUCUCCUCGAAUGGGCGGGGCCAGGAGUCCGACUGAACGUAUCGCGUGUGCGAGCGAGAGAAUGGACGGAUGAGUGGUUUGUGUGUGCGCGUGGCUGCGGGGCGUGACUGGGAAAGUGCGCGUGUCUGGAUGAGAGCGCAUGUGGAGGCGGGAAAAAGACACACAAAAAAACGACGACAUCUUGAAGAGAAACGCAACAACACAGUAAAGGUCGCAGGAAAAAGAAUUUCUGCCUUCUGAACGAGGCCGAUCCUCAAAGAACUUUGGAAAAUGGAAAAAAAGAGAAUCAUCACAAAGAUUAAUAUUUUUUUUGUUCAGAAUUAUUAUUUAGUAUUAAUUGACACUGGACAUUGUUUCUGGGAAGCGUGGAGGAGCAGCAGCAGUGCAUCGAAUCAAGAUGCUUAUGGGCUUUUCUUUUUGCCUCCAGUGUGUUCCUUUGUUUUUUCUUUUUUUUUUCUUUUCUCUUUAUUUUAAAUUUUUUUUUUUUUUUACUUUUUUCUGCUUUUAGUCCCACCGCUUUUCUGUAAAGGUGAAUGACGACGACGACCGUCUUAUUCCAUCCUUCCACCUGAACACCAGACGUGAGCUUUGAUGCUGUGAAACCCGUGAACCAACCAGAUCCUCCUGUAACCGCCUCACCUUUCCUUCAUUUCGCAGCGUAGAUCACCGCUUCGGAGCGCUGCUGCCACAGCUUUUGAGCACCGCCACGGGAGAACAAAUCGACGGCCACGUCUCGUAGGAUUGUGAAUCAUAACCCUUGCAUGUACCUAGCACAGUUAUUUUUAGGGUAAUUUUAGUUUCCUUAGGCUGUGAAUACAGUGAAAUUUUCAUUUUGAGUAAUACUGUGCUUAAAUGUUACAUGUGUCCCUUUGCCUCCCCCGCCCCACGCCUCGCCCUCCUUUCUGCUCACUAUUGUCAAAUUUACUAAGUAAUCUGUAUGGUUUUGCACAUGUACUGCAAAGUGAGGCCUGGGUGAGUGUCGGUGGGCUCCGACCCGCUGCUGCCGCCGCCGACCCCUUUACAUUAUGCAUCACUCAGCCACAGUCUUUGUUGUCUUUCUAAAGUGAUCUAAUUAUACUUUUUAGUGCUAUUUGAGAAUAGAAUUACUUUAUUUCAUCAGCAGCAGUCGACGAAUCUGCUGAUGUAUCUCAGUUUGACUUGGAGGGGAUUUAACCUCGCUCCUCUCAAAAGGUCAAAGGUGUCCCAUGUGUCAGACUGGAGCUGUUCAAGGCGGGUUAACCUGAGUAAUAAUUAAACCCAUGGACAAGUUUGCUGUAACUUAAGUACCUUGCAGAGUCCUCUCCCUUUACCCCUUUUUUGCUCUUCUACAAGCUAAAUGUACAAGCUUAACCUCUUCUGUUUUUUUUUGUUUUGUUUUGUUUUUUUGUUAACUUCAAACACUGUAGUAAUGAUUAUACAUUGUGCUCAUAAAUCUUCUGUUGAACAUAGGGGUAAUAUUUUUUUGUUUUUUGCAGCAUUCCUUGUUAGCAAAGUGGUUUCAAAUCUUAAAAUUAUGACCUGAAAGAAUGGAGAAAGCCUAAAAACCUUCUUUUUUUUCCCCCCCAGGGAGAAAUGAAGGUUAAAGGACAGGUUGUCUUCAUGAAAAUAAAUAGUGAAACCCAAACUGAGA